GCACCCCCUCACGCCGAGAAGCACUGCCCCCUGUGAAAUUCCUGACUGCCAGGGUGAUUCCUACGGUUACCAAGGGCUGCUUCCUACUGUAGCUUACCGUGUGCUGUGUGGCAAACUAUUUUAUAACCUCUGGAUAAAUUAUCAACCACGGGAAUGAUAUCCCCAGCGAUAAAGGGUUAAUGUUUCCUUACCGGGCGCCCCCAGGGUCGCUUUCAAGCCUGACUGCUGACAGCUGACACCUCUGUCAUCCUCCUGAGCGAUCUAAUCGAUCACCUCUAGCUCGACAAGACAGCACACCAGGUUCUGCUUCGUUCUGCUGGCGGUUGAGUAGAGCAGGCUCUGUGUUGCCCUGAGCCCAGCUAUCUCAGCAGGACUGCAUCACCAUGGAUACAGAGUCCACCUACUCGGGAUAUUCCUACUACUCGGGGCGCUCCCGGGGAUCCCACAGACAUGGAGAGCGAAGCCGGGACCGGCACAAGCCGCGCAGCAAAGACAGCCGCUCGGAGAAGUCUGUAACGAUUAACACGCCACCUGCAGAGCCGCUGCUAGGCGACACAGCUGUACGGGGGGAGCAAGUCCAGUAUUCAGCGGGCAGCUCUGGCCAUCAUAGAGCACUACUACUGUGACUUUCCGGUUCAUAACCCAGCGCUGCUUUCCGCCUCCAAGUCCCGCGCUGCCAAGCAUCUGGCUGGCCUCAAGGUGUACAAUGUGGAUGGUGAGUUCCCAGCAGCCCCUGCUGAGGGUCCCGGAAACAACGCAGCAGCGGGAAUCGCCCAUUCUCAGUCCAGAGCGAUGAUCGCAGCUGCCGCCCGCCGCAGAGACACCAGCCACAACGAGCUGUACUACGAAGAGGCCGAGCACGAGAGGCGUGUCCGCAAACGCAGAGCACGGCUGGUGGUGGCAGUAGAGGAAGCGUUUACACACAUUAAGCGCAUGCAGGAGGAAGAGCAGAAAAAAGCACCUGGGGAUGUUAUGGACCCUCGAGAAGCAGCACAAGCCAUCUUCCCAUCCAUGGCUCGGGCCCUGCAGAAGUACCUGAGGACCACCAAGCAACAGCACUGCCACAGCAUGGAGAGCAUCCAGCAACACCUGGCCUUCUGCAUCACCAACAACAUGACGCCCAAGGCGUUCCUUGAGAGCUACCUGACUCCAGGUCCAACCGUUCAGUACAGCCGAGACUUCUGGCGAGCCCGUCAGUGGACGCUGAUCAGCGAGGCGUCAGUCACCAGCGGCCUGAAAGACGGCACCAUCUUCCUGCUCAAAUGUGUGGACUUUAGCCUGGUGGUGACAUCCAAGAAGAUCCCCUACAUCCAGAUGUCCGAGGAGUACAUCGAUCCCAAAUCACACAAGUUUGUGCUGCGGCUACAGUCGGAAACAUCUGUGUAGGAUGCCAGAUGUUUUAUUUUUAUUUCACACCCUGUUGCUCUCCAAUAUUUUCAUUUUGGGUUUUGCAGUUUUCAAUUUUUACUUUUUUAAAAAUAUAUUAUAUAUGAAUCUAGCUAUCGCACACGUUUGAAUAUAUUGAUCUUUUAUUGUUGAUAAAAUCGAAAAAAGAAGAGUUGCAGCAGGAUUUUUGCUCACUGGAGUUUGGACGCGGUUGAGUGCACAUGCUGUGUGUGUGUGUGUGUGUGUGUGUGUGUGUGUG